AUGGAAGUGCAAUGUGUCGCGUUUUUAUUAGUCGAAAGGGACGAGCAACAUCAGCAUCACCACCCUCACAACAUCACAACCAGCGCUAACGUGGAUGCCACAGAUAGGUUCCCCCAAUGGAGCAUCCAGGAGACAAAAGAGUUCCUCGUGAUCCGUGCGGAGCUGGAUCAGACCUUCAUGGAGACAAAGCGGAAUAAACAGCUUUGGGAAGUCAUCUCCAACCGGAUGAAAGAAAAGGGUUUCCAUAGAAGUGCAGAACAGUGCAAGUGCAAGUGGAAAAACCUCGUUACCCGCUAUAAGGGAUGUGAAGCGAUGGAGCCAGAGGCGAUGAGGCAGCAAUUCCCGUUUUACAAUGAGCUUCAAGGGAUUUUCACAUCAAGGAUGCAGAGAAUGUUGUGGGCAGAAGCAGAAGGAGGGUCGAAGAAGAAAGGAGUGCACCUUUCAUCAGAGGAUGAGGAAGAGGGAAAUGAAGAAAGUGAGGGAGAUCAGAAGGGUAGCAUAAUGAAAAAGAAGAAGAAGGGGAAGAUGGUAAUUGGAGGAGGGAGUGGUAGCAGUAGCAAUGUGGAGAGUUUGAAGGAGAUCAUGGAGGAGUUCCUGAGGCAACAGAUGCAGAUGGAGGCACAGUGGAUGGAAGCGUUUGAGGCAAGGGAGAAUGAGAGGAGGAUGAAGGAGAUGGAGUGGAGGCAAACCAUGGAGGCAUUGGAGAAUGAGAGGAUGAUGAUGGACCAAAAAUGGAGAGAGAGGGAAGAGCAAAGAAGGAUCAGGGAAGAAGUUAGGGCUGACAAAAGAGAUGCUCUAAUCACAGCUCUUCUGAACAAGCUCAGAAGAGAAGAGAUGUAG